AUGGACUUCUCCGACAUCUUUCGCAUGGUCAACCUUGCCGUUGGCGUCUUCAUGGUGCUCGGCGGCAUCGCGCAGUUCUUCCCCAUCGGCCUGAAGGAGGUCAUCAUUGGCGUCUACCUAAUCCUCUUCGGCGCCGCGACCGCCGGUCUCGAAUUCCAGAUCCCGCCGCCUGUGGCCAAAUAUGCGUCCUUCAUGUUCUCGUUCCUGGGACGUGGUGUCUUCUACGUCUUCGUCGGUACCGUCAUCCUCGCCGACCGCUGGUUCCAGUACGUCCCCGGCACCAUCAUCGGCAUCGUCGGUGUCGGCUACAUCGUUCUCGAGUACAUUCCGUCAAUCGAGCCCCCGGCGAACAUGCGCGACGCCGACGCCGGUUGGGGCGCCGAACAGGUCUAA